CACACUGACCCUCCGCCGCGCAGCAGACCUGAGUAGCCGAUGCAUGAUGACCUCAGGAGGAGUUAAUCGUUUCGGAGGCCACGAUCCUUCUGGUAGCUAUCCGAGCAGUAAGAAGGAUUAUUCACCAUCGCUCAUUUACCAGAUAAAGCCAAAUGGGACACAUUAUUUACGAAUACCCAUAUAUAUGUGUGUUUGUAUUUUCCUGUAGUUCUGUGUCUUCCAGAUGCCAAAACAUGACCUGCAUUUCGGCAGUUUCGUCAUCUGUCUAAAGGUGGCGCCAACGUUCCACUUGUAGCUUUUGCUUGUGUUCAAGAAUGAACUGUUUUUUAUCUAAGCAGUGAUGAAACGUUUUAAAUGUUCUGUCCUGAGCUGAAACAAUAUAUUUACUAAUCAAUAAGUCGAAAAUACAAAAAUAAAAAUAAUAACUUUUGGGGGGAUUACGUGAUGGUGUACAUGGUGUAUAUACGCAAACCACUUAAUUGAGAAAAUACAUUUAAGGUUAAUAUAUAAUGAAAAUAAUAACCCAUAGCAGUUGUAGUUUUGUCAUAAGUAAGGGCUCAACAAAUAUAUCUGACAUCACAACUAAGAUUCAACAACAAUGAACAGGAUAUGGAAGCAGUAAAAAAUAAUUCAUACGUAAUUGUAGCUGUUUAAUAUUUGUCUUUUUUACGUUGAAGUGGGUUGUUCUACCAAGUUUUAAAGAUGAUCUAAAGACAAUUUAGUUGCAAAUAUAAAACAUGUCCCCCUGAGCAGGAGUUGACAUUUUAUCAUUCAUUGUAAUAAACAGUCAGUAUAAGAGCUUCAGUCCUGCUGAGGGCCUUUUUCCGGAUAGGAAAUAUCCUAUUCCAUAAUAGGAUCGAUUUUUCAGGCCUUUAGAUGAAGACUCGGCCGUAAUGCAGAUCAGACCCUUGACCUUUGAAUUGCAGGAACAGGUCCUCGAUGAUCACUUACUGUCAGAUCUUAUACUGCAGUUAUGUGGCUCAGAGAGACUCGCUAUUUUGGAUCUCACUAAUCCAAACAGAUCAGCGUGUGACCUAGUGAUUAAAGGUUAGGCAAUCAACGCAAACAACUUGAACUGAGUACAAAUUGGGAUGUGCUUCUAAUUAUACUGAGUAUAAUAUACAGCGUAUAGUUUUAAAAACACAGCCAGUGCCAAACAUGCUGUAUCAGUUUAAUGCAGCUUUAUUUUUAUGAUUGUGUGCGCUUUACACACACACUAAUACACGAUGUGUUGGAACUUCUAUAUUCUACACCUACACCGUCCGUCGGUCAAUCCCAACCAGACAGUGUCCAUCUCACGGCACAGUGCACAUGUGAGCGGGAGCCAUCUGCCACUUCUAGUUCGUCAGUGGUCGUUGAAUCUUGGCACAGUGUCCGGUAACUGCAACAUAUAGUGACACAGCUCUCACCCCAUAAUGCAAUUAAAACAUUAGCCCCUGAAUAAAAGUCUACAACUGCUACAGACGUUUUGGGUUACGCUUUUGGCCUCGAGUGAGCUCUGUCACAAGGCGGCGGUGUUUAAGCCACUACGCUCACGUUUUCUUUCUCGCAUUCCCCGGGACGUCAUUCAACAUGUGGCAAAACCAAUUGGCCGCAUGUGUUCUGAAAUGUGACGGCGGAUUUCCACGACCCGCUGUGAUGUAAAAGUGCUCUCUUAAGACCCAGUCUCCUGCCUCCCGCUGUCAGCAAGUGCACCUUAAUCCCUAUUAGGACAAGACUUCUCAAAUCUGAUUAUCACGGCUGCUAGCAAACGAGAAGGAGCCACAGCCACCUGUGGGAUCUGUUAGGAGCUGCAAAGAUCUGCUUGUAAAAGGUCCCUUUGAGAGUGUGUUUCUCUUUUGUAACCUUCCCUGCUUCGCAUUUGUAUCCAGACGGAGGGCAUAUAUUUGCUAUGUUAUAAAGCUCUCAGUUGAGCAAAUACAAUUGAAGCUGUAUUCUUUCAGGAAAAAAUGAAAUUGCCAUCAAUUUGUGAUUGAAUGUCAUUGUGAUAAAAGUUCAGGCUUCUGUUUGCCCGCGUUUACUUCAUUGUUAUUUUGAUAUGCUGAUUAAGUGUGAGCAAAGAUUAAGCAAAUUGGUCGUGAUGCCACAUGUCCCAAAAUAGCCCUCGAGCAGAACUGAGAGGCUUUGACCGGCGCUCUGAGGAAUAACCGAGGAACUCUUUCCGGUAUUUUUGCCGUUACAAAUACGGUGAAAUGUGAGAUAUACGGUAAGUGUUGUUGAUUUAAUAUCUGUUGACAUGUUUGCUCAUUUCCUAAGUAUCUACAGGGUGUAACUGGUUAAGUUGUUUCCGUGUAUGACAUCUUUCUAAAUCGGUGUCUACAUCUAGGCUUGUUGUGUUGUUCACAGUAAGAAUCUUACUAAUAAUAACGUAGACCCGUUAUAAAAAAAUAUUUUUUCCACAUACUGACUCUUCUUAGUAUAAUACAAGUUAUGGAACGUUUAAAAAGAAUUAACUGAUCUGUACUAAAAAGUGUUUGAUCUACAAAUAAUGCUACCGUGCUGUAUUUAUUCUACUGGUACACAAUACACUUUACGGCAGGUUUUUUAUUCUUUGAAACCAUCAGUUUUUGACUGUAUCUUGGCAUUCUCAUCAACUCUGUUUUCCAAAUCAACACAAUUUGUUGACAGGACUCCAAGGAAAGAUUGAAUGAUUAGUAUUGUGUCUGAGCAGCUAUUCUAGGGCCCUCUAGGGCUCCCUUAAAGGACAAUAAACUUGUGUCUACAGUCUGCAACAAGCAGUAACUCUAACCUUUGAAAAGAGCUGCACAAUAUUUCUACUCUGCACCACGUAAAAACAAAGCUGAUUUGGAUUCUGCGAUUACGCUUCUUUUCAAUCUUAAUAAGUAAAAGUGUUUCAAAGUGUUGCAUAAGGAAAAUCAGAAAAUACACCGUAAUACUCAUGAUGCCUUGAUUAAAUAGAGAGAAACCAGAGUAACGUACAACCUGGACUAACUUUAAGUCGAUCACGGUUGUUGUUGUUGUUUACUAUGCAAAGAGGCUCGAGGCCCUCAAAUCUGCAUGAUACACAAAACCGUAUCUUUCUUUGUAGGCACCAACACAAAGCAUGGGCGACACAGCGGUCCAGGAGCCACCCGGCCAUGAAUCGUCCUCGGGCAGCGGACAGACGGUACCUUCCCGACCCUUACAGCCGAUCUCUGAUCCCUCCGCUCCCAGAAGAGUGUGCUUCUACAAGAGCGGGGACUACAAAUUCAGUGGACAUCGCAUGGUCAUCAAUGCUCGCACCUUCAAGACGUUUGACGCUCUUCUGGAUGCUCUGGCCAAGAAAGUGCCUCUGCCGUUUGGAGUGAGGACCAUCACCACACCUCGCGGGGUCAACCUGAUCAGGGCUUUAGACGACUUGCACGACGGCGGGUCGUACGUCUGUUCCGAUGGCAAACGGGUGAAGCCACUGAACCUGGAUGAGGUGAACCGGCGGCAGGUGCCGUGGAACGGCACCAGACCCCUCAGCGCACGGCGGCGAAGGCAACAAGCACCCAAGCUUGGUCCGAUUGGCGGGAAGAGCGAGGUCAUCCCCAGCAGGCAAGCAAAGAUCACGGAGAGGGGCGCGGUGCGGACCCCGAAGAGGCUCGUGGUCAUCAGGAAUCGGGAUCCCACUGUGAAACGCACAAUCGUGCUCCACAGGAGAAUAGCCCCAACAUUUGAUGCUUUGCUGGAUUACCUGUCCCAGAUCCUGCAGUUCUCAGUGCUGAAACUGUUCUCAAUGGACGGCAGAAGAAUCGACGGCCUCGCAGCACUCAUCCUGUGCUCCGGAGUCGUCGUGGCAGCGGGCAGUGAGCCAUUCAGACUCGGAACCUACAGUUUCCACGCGGCAAGCCAGAUGGCACAAGUGAUGUACACAGAGGCCGUGGAACCACCCACGUUGCAGCCCGCAACCCAGAACAACAAAUCUCUAUCGAGUGGAAGAGGCUCCAGGAAUUUUUCCUUAUCGUCAGAGAGAUACAUUGUCGACCAGAUAAAGAAGUCUAGAAACGGAACCACCGACAGACGCCUGCAUCACCACGGCACAUCGCUUGAGACGGAAGCCAACCGCGGCCACGCGGCCUCGGACGCCGGGAAGGGAGACCACGAGCACCGCGUUUGCGCCGUGCCCCGAGACGAUGACAUCGAAAAGUCUUUCUGCGUGAACCAAGACGGCAGCAUGACGGUGGAGAUGAAAGUCCGCCUGACCGUCAAAGAGGAGGAGAUGCUGCACUGGACCACCACGCUCAGCCGCUCCGGCCUCGGCAAGGGGACAGUUUGUGCCUCCGUCUCCGAGUCGGGCAACAGCUCACCUGAGUCGAACAACGCCGCUGCCAAACACUCUUCCGGCGGCAGUGAGGACGAGACGAGGGGGGAGAACCGUCCCGCGGGACCUGGAAAGGGUGUGGACUUUCACGCCCAGCCGGCAAAUCAGGGCUACGCAAAAACUGGUUCAAAACGCGCACCCACGCCGGGCCCUCGCCGCGUUACGAAGAAGGCGUCCGUCGAGAGCGUGAAGACGAUGACAGAGUCAGGGGUUCAGGAGAGCACCCUGGGGCGUUAUUCCUACACGGAGAGGACGGCUGACGGCGAGCAGACUGAGGGAUACUGCGUCGUCAAGAAAAGCCGCAGCAGCGGCAACAAGCCCGUCCCCAAAACGAGGAUAAUGGCGUCGGCGGGGCCCCGCUCGUCCGCCAGGUCGUCAGCAGUGGGUGAGGUUCUUCAGAUUCAGAAAAACGGGAUGGAGGUGACAGAAACUGUGAUGCAUAUUUACGAGAGUCAAGGUUGCUACGACAACUAUUCUGCGAACGAGGAAUACAGCGCGGAGAGCGGGACCGUGAACCGCUCCACCUCAGUGCCGGGAAGCAAACCGUCCACCGAGUCAGGGCAACGUUCGUCCGGCAACGAUUGCGAUAUAGACUUGAGCUGGCAGCCGCCCACCACUCACUCACAGGAAAGGCAGAAAGAGGAGAUGUUAUCGUUGUCUUCAGAGCCCGUGACUCCGUCAGAUGAGAUUAGGGCAACAAACUCCCAAAUACAGGAGACGGUAGAAAAAGACAAAACUCCUAAAAGUGAGACUAAGAAAAGGACGAUUAAAGCAGCUCGGAAUAAGGAGGGUUUAAGUUCAACGAGCAGCUCAGAUAAAAAGCAAAAACAAAGCAGAGUUAGCCCCCCAAAAAACAGCAAAGAUUCAUCCACAGACAAGCUCAGCAGCAAUGCCAGUGUGGAAAAAAAGACUUUAAGUUCAUCGGAAAGUGCUAAAAGCGGUCAAAAGAGUAGAGGAGAGGAAAGGCCUCACAUUAAGAAAGGAAAAAAGGAUGAAAACGUGCCGAGGAAAGAACCUGCCUUAUUGAAUGUGGGGAGGAGCCCACCUAAGAGACUAAACAUGGGUAAACCAGCUGCUAAAGAUAAUGGCCACAACGUAAACACUCCGACUGGGAGGCCUCAGAUGAAGAAGAACUUGUCAGACAUUUUACAACCCAAGAAAUCCCUUUUGCCGGGCAAAAAGACAAUUAGCCGGCCCAAGUCCAUGACUGAGAGCAGAAUACCGUCACCCAAAACCUCUUUACCGUUCCCAGAGGGCUCGAUGCCUUCUCUCAAUCCUUCCCCCUCUGAAGUCCACCAAUAUGUCGAGAACUGGCUGGACAAAGUCAGCCCAGUGCCGUACAGCGCGGAGGCCGUCGCCGACAAAUCACAGCCUCCGACGAAGGUUGUCUUUAAGAUCGGCGACGAUUCCGAAUCGGAAGAAAAGAUUGAAUCCCCGACUCGUCCGGAUGAGGCGCAUCUAUCCCCCGGCGAUGCCGUCAAGAAAUCAGCUUCACUAGCCGACUGCUGUGGAGCUUCAGCUUUGCCGCACGGCGAGCAGCACGGGAGAGGUCUGUGCGUGUCGAUGCCGAGUGUCAGAGUCGACCCGGCGCCACAGGAGGACGGACUGAGGCCACACAGUUCUGCGGAGGCCAUUGGUCCGGCCGGCGGCGGGUCGGCUUCGUCUACACCCAAACCUUUGCAUCCAAAAGCAAACAGUGGACAUGUCCUGCAUGACCUAUAUGCAUCUAUCCACUGCAUCAGAAGUGCGUGUGAAGACGAAACAACAUCCAGCCUUGAGAAGUCCAACAGCCUUCCUAAUAUCUCAACGCAAGUGGCGUCGGUGUUCGGCUCGUCGUGCAAAGCCUUCGCGUCGUUCUUAUCAGUGAUGACCCUGCGUGAUAACCUAACCACGCCGGCGCUGGGAGACGGCAUCGAGGACGAGGCCCUGCUGACGCUGGAGUCCCUGCAGAGAAUUUCUGCCAUCGAGGACGAGGAAGAGCUGAGGGCCAGUUUGACGGAUCUGCGGAGCAGAGCGUCUUCUGGGUUCAAAGAGCGCUGGAGCGAUUUCCAGAUUCUGAGAGAAAGGCUCGAAAGUGAGCCGCUGUCGCCAAAAUUUUCGGAAACAGAAUUCGCCCUGGACGUUGUCUCCGAAGGGGGCGAUGCAUCUGAGAAUAUCGAGGAGCUGAUGGAUGAGCUGAAUAUGCCGCAAGACCUCCGGGCAGAGAUUUCUUCAGCGAUCCAACAAGCUAAGAGUUUCUACCCCGUGGAGGAGAGCACUUUUGUAGAAAACGAAAGAAACCCGUCGGACUCAGAGGACGACUUGGAGCAAUUUGUUGAAUGCAACAAUGAAAGAAAACACUCACCGCAGCCUGAAACUGCCUUCGUAGCCGAGGACAUCGAUUCAACCAAACGGGGUAAUGACAACGGAGAGAUAUAUCAAUUAGAGAUACGGCAGCCGAUGUAUUCUGAGUCAGAACAGGAACACGAUAAAGAACCAGAAAUAUCAGACAGAGAUGAGACCUUAACGGACAGAGAAAAUGACAAGGAAGACGAGGAACUAGUUAAAGGAAGGAAGGAAGAGGAAGGAGCAGAGGAGGAAGAUGGGGAGAAACUAGAAGAAGCAGAGAAGGUUUCAAUGAAUGAAGAAGUUCAAGGAGCAAGAGAGGAUGACAGUGUUGAAGAGACAGAUGAGAGAGAGGGAAAUGAUUACACAGAGGAAGAGGAGGAUGAGGGGGUGGAUGUGAAGAGACUAGGUGAUGAGACUGAAGAAGAGGCAGGUGAGGUAUCCGAUGAAGGAAGGGAGGAAGAAAAUAUCAUUGAAGAAGUGAAGGAGGAGGACGAUGCAGGUGAGUCUAGGGGAGAGACAGGUGAAGGAGAGGAAGUAGAAAAUAUUAUUAAAGAAGUGGACGCGGAAGAGGAAGCAGAUGAGUCUAUGGGGGAGACAGAUGGAGAGGGUGUGGGAAAUAUUGAAGAAUCAGAGGAGGAGGAGGAGGAGGAGGAGGAGGAAGCAGAUGAUUUUGCUGAAGAUGUUGAGAAGGAGGCAGAGGAAGAUUUUGAGGGUGUUGAGAAGGACAAUAAUCAGGAAGAGGAAAUGACUGAAGUUAUUGAGGAAAAGGGCGAGGAAGAAGAUGUAGGAAAUUUAAUUAACGAGAUUGAGGAGGAGGAAGAAGAGGAGGAAGAGGAGGAGGAGGUGGAGGAGGAGGAGGAAACAGAAGCCCUGACCGAGAAACCUGUAGAGGGUGACGUUAUUGAGGAAAAGGGCGAGGAAGAAGAUGUAGGAAAUAUAAUUAACGAGAUUGAGGACGAGGAAGAGGAGGAGGAGGAGGAGGAGGAAACAGAAGCCCUGACCGAGAAACCUGUAGAUGGUGACGUUAUUGAGGAGAAAGACGAGGAAGAGGACAAAACUGAGGUGGCAAGUGAGGAAAUUGAUGAGGAGCAAGAGGAGAGGGAACAAGAGUUAGUGGAGGACGGUGAGGAUGUUGAUGUUGUCAAAAAUAUAAAAGAGCAGGUGGUUACAGAUGAGGAGGAUGAAGAAGAUGAAAUUGACAAGAAUAUGGAAGAGGAAGAAAAGUGGGACGAGGGUGAGGAGAGUGGGAAAGAGCUGCAGGAAACAGUAAACAGUCUUGAGGAUGAAUCGGAAGGGGAGAAGGAAGCAGAAGCAGAUAUGGAAGCAGAGCAGAUGUCAGAUGAGAAGGAGAGUGAAGAUGAUGAAGAAAGGGAAAGUAAGGACUUCAACGGAGGGUCAAACCGGACGGAAGAGCAAGAAUCAAAGGACGAGUUGGAGGGAGAAAAGGCUUCUGACGAUGCCGACAGCAUGGCCGGCGGUACGGACCGCAAGAACCUGCUGGAGGAGGCUUCGUAUCUGCUCCGGCACAGCAGCUGCGAUGAAGCCAACGCAGAUGCGAAGGUCGCCGACCCUGACUCACCAACCCAACACUCCCCCGAGUGUCAGUGUGAGGACGACAAGGGCAACGGGACGGACUCUGUAAACGAAUUUCAAACAGACGAGGGAGGGGAGCCUGACGGGGGAGGAAGCGGCACUCCACAACAUCCUGUGGAAAUAUCACAGGAACUGCUUGACUUUGUUAACUCUGCCCUGCAGUCCUCUUCACUCAUAUUCACGUAUGACGCUCGGGGGAACGUCAGGUUAGAGACGGACAGUAAGCGGGUUACGCAGAAUAAGCAACCUGCUAUUCCUAAAAGCAGAAAGGAUGUUUCCUACGGUUUAAAGCGCCUGCCGAGCCCCAGCAGCUCGGGUUUGUCCGAUUACAGGCCAGAAACGUCGGAGAGCGGUGGGUAUAAAACUCAGGAGUCUGUGGACGUGGUCACGGACAGCGGAGAGGAGGCUCCGGUCUGCAGACAAAAGCCCGUCAUCCCCGUCGGGAGGACAAAUGCGGAGCAAGCCGCCUCCGAACCGUCGGAAACAAGCAACGCAGUCCCGCAAGAUUCCAGACACAAAAGUGGAGGGAGGUUUUGUUCUCGCGGCUCGGCCACCGAAGCCUCCAAGGAGGAUCUGUCUUAUUUCAGUGCUGGCAGCUCCCAGAAGGCCGACACCGAACCGGCCACCGAGGCCACGCGGCGCGUUUCCGUCACCCCAGAAAAAGACUCGGCUGACGGGGUGUUGAUCGACCGAGGUCGAUGGCUGCUCAAGGAGAAUCACCUCAUUAGAAAAUCUCCUCCAGUGUCCGCGGGAAUGUACGGCCAAUUAGACAGCACAUCUGGAGAUACGGGUCAGGACAACACCAGCCAGGAGUCCCCGUCUCACCGCGUCACCCAGAACAACCCUCUCGCAGCCAUAUCCUCUUCAGACCUCGAGGAGAUGGCAAAACCUCCAACUCCAAAGUGCACCUACUAUAACAUGCCACAUGGAAGCGAUUCGGACCCCUUUUCUGAUGAUGCCAGCGUCAAAAGCGGUAAAAGGGACGCAAGCAGUCUCCGAGGGAAAGGCUUCAGGGUGUCGCCUACUAUUGAUACGUCCAAAACCGGCGCAUACAAAAAUGGUAGCAUGUCUUCCUUUGCAUCAGUGGAGUUUAAAAUACCAGAUAGAAAAGUGCAUCCUGAGGGGGAGUCCUCAGCUGUGACAAGAUGGACACCUGGUGGAGGACGGCGUGUCCUGCAAGCACAAGACUCCCGCGACACACUCCACGUGAGAUGUAGCCAAUACUGUCCCAUACUAUAAAAGCAGGACGUUUAUCCCCCUGAGUGAUGCACACGUGCUGGUACCUGCGUGGGAUUUUAGUCUCGGCUAUGGUUAUUUCGUUGUAAUGCAGCUAUAAAUGUGUUGUGUUUUGUCACAUAAUCAUGAAGAAAACAUUUCUUGCAGCCUCCACGGACGAGAGGUUUUGAUUGAAGAGAGCUGUGCUUCUGAAUUAUAGUCAGAAAUGUACAAAUACACACAUUAACUUGGUGUCUUUUUCAUGGUAGCUAAAGGAUGAAGGAGGCCCAUCAGAGAGUUGAAGUAAAAUAAAUGGAAUAUAACUUUUCAGCAAACAGUUCGGCUAGAAUGCAAAACGUGUUUUCUGUGAUUACUGUUUCAUCUGCGGAGACUCUCUGGGGACGACUGUGUCUCAAUUGAGUACGGAUUAUUCUGUGAAAUCCAAAUUCCUAAAUUCAUUUUAAGGCAAUCUCUGACCAAAAUGUUGUUUGAUUCAAUAAACAUUUAUUUUUCAAUUCUG